AUGUUGUCCAUAUUUACUAUUUUGGAUGCUUUUCUCAUUAAGUCAUCAUAUAUUAUAUCAGUGAAGCUUCUAUGGAGGGGUGAAGAAUGCUGGACUGAGUUUUUGAAUCUUCUAAAUGUUGCAGAAGCUGCUGCCACGGCAGCUUCUAGUCCUCACUUUCCACUCAACACUACUGAUUUCAUUGUUCGAAGAACGGGCAUAUUGAGACCAGCUGUUAGUGAAAAGAUUUUGGAUGUCAUGCAUCAAAAUGCUCAAAAUUGUCUAGCAAGUUGUCCAAUACAGGCCGUUGAUGAAGUUGCUGCAAGAGAGCUUAUACCAAAUUUAUCUACGCCUUUGAACAGAGCCUUCUUUAUGCCUAAAGCUGUGAAUGUUAAUCCCCACCACUAUCUUAAGGCACUUUUUCUUGCAAGUGAACAUUUGGCCAAGAGGUUGUCAUCAACAGGUUUCCCUGGCAAGGAAAUAGCUUUGCACAAGAAAGUUGUCACUUCACUAAGUGAAGUGGGAGAUGAAUAUGAUGUUGUGAUAGUUUGUCUUGGGGCUAGAGUUGACAUGCUAGCUGACCUGUCUAGAAUGCUUCCUUUAAGGACAUGCAGAGGCAUUGUUGCACACCUGCAGUUGAAUGAUCCCUUUGAAGGAAAUAAUGCCCUUGCAGUUAGUAGCUAUAGUAAAAGUAGAGAUACUGUCAUUAAAAUCUCUAAACACUCUUACCUUGAUAUUAACCAGGCUGAUACUGUUAACAUCUAUUGA